AUGGCCAGCAUCGCCAUCGUCGGCGGCGGCCCAUCCGGCCUGUGUCUCGGCGUGCUGCUGCACAAACAGGGCAUCCCCUUCACCAUCUACGAGCUGCGCGAGCGCCCCUGCCAGGACGCGGCUUCGACACCCUCGGGUAUGCUCGACCUGCACGAGGAGUCUGGCAUCGCCGCCAUCCGCGCGUGCGGCCUCUGGGACCAGUUCCUCCCGCUGACGGCCGACUGCGCCGAGAGCAUGCUCGUCAUGAACGAGAAUGCCGAGGUCACGCACCAGGAUGACGGCGGGCAGGAGUACCGCCCGGAGAUUGCGCGCAGCUUGCUCACCGACCUGUUGCUUUCAGCGGCGCCGCAGGAGAGUAUCCGGUGGCGACACAAGCUGCUGUCUGCAACGCGAACCGCCGCAGGGCGGAUUGCACUCGACUUUGGCGACAACGGCACAUUUGAGCACGAUUUUGUCAUCGGCGCAGACGGCGCGUGGUCCAAGGUCCGCCCGCUGCUGACGGACGUGAAGCCGCAGUACGGCGGCGUCAGCAUUGCCACGAUGCAGAUCCUCGAGGCGACCAAACGACACCCCGACUUAUCCUCCCUGGUAGGAAGAGGAUCCUGCGCCAUCCUCGCGAACCGCAACGGCCUGUUCACCCAUCGCAGCGUCCGAGACUCCAUCUGGCUGUACGUCAUUGUCAGCGGCGACGACGAGCACGCCAUCCAGGACAGGACCACGGGCCUCACGCCGCAGCAAUUCGAGGACCUGAUGACCAGCGACGACAAGCUAUUCGGCACCUGGGACAAGCGGACAAAGGCGCUGCUCGAGACGGCGUGCCGCGAAGAAGGCGACGCAAAGGGCAAGAUCCCGCCCUUGAAGCCCAUGUACAUGCUGCCUCUGGACCACAAGUGGGAGGCGCAGCCCGGAGUGGCGCUCAUCGGCGACGCGGCGCACCUCAUGAUGCCCUGGGCGGGUGAGGGCGUGAACCUGGCGCUGUGGGACUCUCUCGACAUUGCCGCUGCCAUCGCCAAGGCGUGGGAGCAGUGCGGCGGUGACAAUGGCCCUGGGAAGUUCCAAGAGGCGCUGCUGCCACUCAUGGCGGACUUUGACGGAAAGAUGUUUGCGCGGUCGAGCGAGUCCGCGCACGAGACAUGGAAUAACAGCAAGAUCUUCUUUUCCGACAACGGUGCGCAGGACAUGGCGGGCAUGAUGGCCAGGCUGAUGAACGGGCCGCCGCCCGAGUAA